AAAAAUACUACGAGUGGCUGGAUCGUUUUUAAAGUGAUAGACUUCUAUCUUGCAACAGUGGAUUACAGAGUAUUUGCAUCUGGAUCGCAGGACCAAGGCUUGGUUAGAAUUGGAUACUAGAGCAUGGAGGCAAGCAUUGAGGAUUGCAACUGACUUUGCCCAUAUUACUGUUCGUUUAGCUGCUUUUGCUUAUAAUGAGUACAUUCUUGAGAUGGAUAAGAAUGCGUCCCUCAAGGACAUAGAUCUUGUCUAUUUUGAGAUCUGGAGGCGUGUCGCUAAGAAAAAUUUAAGUUACAUUGAUGCUGUGAAGGAAGUAUAUGAAAUGGACAAGUUCGAUGUACACAAAAGGAGACUAGAUGGUGAACUGAAAGGGGUUCCUGCCAUCGCAACAAUAAAAGCAUAUAUGCAGUAUGUUGUCCGACAAGGUGGCAUUGACGCGAAGACCGAAGAGGAUAAAGCUCGGGAUGUGUUUAGGAAGUUAUCUGUCAGUAUGCAUAAAGCAAUGAACAUGGCUCAGUACGCUCAGAAAAAGUUGGAUUUAGCAGAUGAGCUGAAGUUGGACAAAGAGGGUGGAGUUGUUCCAUUGGAAAGACCCUUCGAGUUCUGA